AUGUCCUCUGAGCCAUACAUAAAGGCGGAGGAUUGUACUCAAGAGCUGUUCCAAGCAUGUAACGACAUGUAUCCUGCUCUUUUGCAGGUAGUAUACAAGGAGACGCGCCCAAAAUCGAGAUUAGAGACCAUCCUCAAGGAUGACAAAUGGAGGUACUACGAGCUACCUGGUUCGCUGGAGGUGAGCCAAGGUCUGACCAAGGAGCAACUCGCAAGGCUUGUACAGUGGAAAAUUACACACGGCGUCCACAGGCCAUUCCUGCCUGGCAUGGUACAGAAGAAUCCGGAAGACGAAGUAAAAGAGCAAACCAGCAAAGCAGCCAAGGUUCUCAAUCAAACCUCCGAUGAGCAAGACUUUAACACAAGGAUCAUCUCAGCAUUAGACAUUGUCUGCAAGCUCAAAGGCGUUGGGCCUGCUACAGGUUCCCUAGUGCUAAGCGUUCUUAGCCCUCGAGUACCUUUCUUCGAAGAUGAGCUGUUCUACUGGCUCAACCAGGAACAUUCAACCAAACUGAAGUAUGACAAGAAGGAGUACAAAAUGUUACUAGAUUGUGUUCUGGAGCUCGAGCGCGACAAUAAAGUCACGGCGGACGUGCUCGAGAAGACAGCAUAUGUACUUAUGCACGAGGGUCAAUUGACCGACCAGCAAAAGAAACAGCUCGACCACGCGAUCAAAGUACCUGCACAAGGCGAGGAUGCCGAGCCCAAAGCCUCCCAACUCGAGCCACCAGCUAAGCAAGUAAACUCGGAAGCUGAACCAGGCUCACGCAAGAUUGAAUCCGACGCUGCUGCCACGAAGACAAGGAAGACACGAACGGCGGAGACAUAUGGAAAAGACAGCUCAGACCUCAGGCGUUCAAAACGCAGAAAAGCUUGA